UAUUUUAUUAAUUUUCUUAACGUUUUUUUAAUAAUUUUUUAUAACCGUAUUCUGCUAAGUACAUUAAUAACUUUAAACAUAUUUCAAAUGGCUCAACCACCUGCAUCUAGAGUAAAACCCCAUUUGGAGCCAUGGGAAGCUGUCGACUGGAGCCCGGAAAGAUUGCGAUCCAUGUAUUCAAACUGGGGCUCUUUUUACGCAAGAAAGCAGCAUUUCCAGCACGGAAUUUACUAUAUGAAUAAAUCUUUGGAAUUGAAACCGGACUGUUCUUCGGAUUUAGUUAAACGCAGUCAGUUCAUGAGGUUGAUGGGAAAAGCUCCGAAGGCCCUUUUGGACUGCCAAAGAGCUGAAGACAUUCUUCGAAGUCGUGGAAUAAUUAGCCCACAUGUCAGCCUAGAAACUUGUGAUGCACUCUAUGAAUCCAAUCGGCUUGAGGACUUUAAGGCAAAGCUCCAUGACAAUCUUAGAGUUUUUAAUAGCAGCACCACAAAGGGCCUUUUUUUAAAGCGCUUGUGUUUUAUCAAUGAGAAUUUCAAUGAUACGCUCUCCGAAAAUCUGUCCCCGGAAGUUCAGCGGCUUAUUAAAAAAAUGAUAGCUAGCAAUGCGAGUAAGCCUGAAGAGAAGCAAUUAGACUGUGAUGUUGUUAGUAUUUUAGAAAAAGAGGAAGAAGUGCUGUCGCCAUUAGAGAUAGCACGGCGGAAACGUAUAUUUAAAAUAUACAAUCAAACUUACCUUAACAGGAGCUGGAUUGAUGUAAUGUUCCUGCGAAAACUACGAGAAAAUUCAAACUUAUUGCUUGACCAAAGUAUGGAAUCAACUCCUUGUUUGCGCCAAUUGGCAAAUCGAGACUACAAGACUCUGCGCACAUUAACGAAAAUGUUACAAACACGCUGCCCAAUGUACUCUUCUCAUAUGGAAAAGUACCCGAGGAAAGAUCUGUAUGAAAAACACAAACGAGAAAACUUAUUCCGGAUCCAGUAUCAAACAAGGCGUAAUAUGUUUAAGAUUCUAAAGAGUAUUCGGCAACUAAUAAGCAGUGGAGAACUCAAUAAAUUGAAUGACUUUGUCGAGGAAGUGAUGGGAGAUUAUGUUACAACUAAAACAAAUCGCAUAAUGCCGUGGAAAUUUGAGUUCGUUUGUGAGGUGUACAACUACUUAGGUUUAGCCCGCAUAAAUGAAUACAAAAUUCCACGGGAUAUGAAAAUAUUAAAUGGGAAACAGCGAUUAUUGAAACUUUUUAAGCUUCCUACAGACAAGAACGCAGACACUUCUUCCCGUUUUAUAUUUGGGGAUAGAUCAGCAAUUCAAAGGCCGGAUACCGGCGACACCCAAGCAAUUGGUUUUAAACGUCGAAUAGCCCGCAUGGAGAAUCGUAUGCGAUUUGCCAAGUAUCCAAUAGAGCGUAGCUAUUUACUCCAUGAAAUCGCACAGGCGCACCUCAGCAACAACUCCUUUGACGCAGCUUGUUCCGUGGCGCGAAAGGCGAUUGACGAGUCAAAGCAGUGUAAUAGCACCCUCUGGAGUUUUUUGAAUUUGAUGAUCAUAUGCAAGGCGCACGCAGUUUUAGGGAAGGUUGAACGCGAGAAGGAAGCACUCAAGGACGCAUUUCAAUUAGCUCAAAAAAUGAAAAAUAUUGACCAAUGCGUGUUUAUUGAUAUAUGCCUAAAGGUAAAUGCAGAAGAAUUGGAGCUCCGAAAAACAUUGACGUCAAUUGAUGUUAGCUUAAUAAGGAGACAAAGAAGUCAACGAACAGUCUCCAGUUUGGACAACCAGAGCUCCUUAGCAUCAACGUAAUACUGUUUACCGAAGAACUAAAGGUUCAUUGAAAAGUAUGUAAUGCAAAUGUACAUUAAUGUUUAGUAAAAGAUGCAUAAUCCUCAACUGA